AUGAACGGUACAUUUUGCUGCUGUUUUUGUUUCUCCUAUUUUCGGUUGAGAGCACAACUUGAAUCAUAUCACAGAACAUCUACACCAACGCUUUUGUUAUCCAAUGGAUCAUCGCAUCAGUUGCGUGAUGAACGGAAAAUUAAUUUUGAUUGUUUGUCGAGUUUGGGUUCCGAUCAAGCCGGAAAAUAA